AUGGAAUUAGCAAUCAAAGGUGGUGACGUCACGGUCCUGCCGCGUCCGCCUGGGUUGCCCGUGGACCUGGUACCCAGAGAGGAUGAGCCCCCCGUUACCAGGCCUGACAGAAAAGUGAAAAAGCCGCCAAAGGUUAGUCCUCCACCUGCAGCACACAUCAGCCCUGAACCUGAAGGCGCGGCAACUGAGAUAUUCGAACCGCGAUUCACGGCGCCGCCCCGCACCGAUCCCCUGAUCGCUGCUCAACCGGAUGGCGACAUGAUUCCCAUCAUGCGUGUACCUCCUGAGUUUCCUCAGCGGAUGUUGUCCCGGGGUGUUUCAGGUUGGGUCCUGGUUGAAUUUACGGUUGAUACGCUGGGUCGAGUCGUGUCUCCCAUUGUUAUCGACGCGCAGCCAGCCAAUGGUUUUCAACGCGCCGCGCUGGAUGCAAUUGCUUCAGCCAUCGAAAACACACUGGCGGCACAGUUGUCGCAAAGCAUUGAAACGGAAGACCUCUACUGGUCCAGUGUUGAAGUCAGCGGCCAGAGUGCGGUGAUCAGUGGUGCGGCACCGGAUGUGCCGGCCCGACGCGCGGCUGAACAGCGGGCCUGGGCUGUCACGGGGAUAUCCUCCGUUGAUAAUCAGAUUCAGGUCAUCGGUGAAGCGGGCACCUGUCAGCAGCAGUUGAACGACUACCUUGCUACCGAGACCAUCAAUUUCAAAACUGGUAAAGCUGAAGUAGCUGAAGAGAGUUUCCAUGCUUUAAGCAUGCUGGCGAUGAUCUUGCGCACCUGUGAUUCGCUGGUAGAAGUGGCCGGCCACACCGAUGGCCGUGGAGAUGCGGAGAUUAACCUGCAUCUGAGUACGCGCCGCGCCGAAAGCGUUGCUAAACAUCUGGUGCGAUACGGUGUGAAUCCGGCUCAGAUAAGAGCCAAAGGUGCUUGGAGAAAUGGCAUGAUGUUCUUGAUUGGUAAAAUGUUUAUUUACCUGCUGCUAGCUGGCGGCAUUGGUGGCGCUGCCGGAUGGCUGAUGCGUAAUCUUCAGGCUCAGCGCACCGAGGAGAACGCGCAGCGUUCAGUGACUGAUGUAAAAGCAAAACUCCCCCAGCUUGAAUCUCUGCUGCGCGGCCGUGAUGAACAGAUACAGAAGCUUAAAGCAGAGAUUGCAGAUCGGAAAACCGCUGCGUCUGAGAUGGAGCAGGAACUGCGUGCAGGGGAACAGGCGUUGCGCGAACAACAGCGCAUCAGUGCGCGUCUGCAGCAAACGGUAGAUGCUCGAAAAUCAAAAAGUCUGACAGACUUCGAUAUGUCCGGAGAUGUUGAGCAGGACACAGACACCACCGAUGCAGAUAAUCUGAUCGCCGAAUUGUCUGCGGAAAUAGCCCGACUUAAAGCAGAGCUUGCGCAACCCGCGCCUGCACCUGCCGCAGAUGCAGAUGAAACGCUGUUACAGAUUGAGGCUGAGGCGCUACGAAAUAAACUGGUUAGCACUGAAGGCAAACUUUCCGCCAUUCAGGCUGAUCUGAUGCAGGAACAGAACAAAGUGUCAGAGCUUGAGCGUGAGCGCGAGUUGCAGAACAAAUCUCUACAGGUACUACAUCAGCAGCUUGAGCUGGAACGCACCCGGCGAGUUGCCAGCGGCUGA